AUGGAUGACGUCGUUGACCAAUCCCGACUUCCCACCGCCUCCGCCGCAAAGCUUGUCAAAUUAAGGGAGUCUUGUGAUGGUUGCCUUGUUGCCAAAGUCAAGUGCAGCAAAGACAAACCAUUGUGUAAGCGCUGUCUCACAAAUGGAUUCUCUUGUGUCUACAGUCCAUCCAUGAAGACUGGCCGGAAGAGCCAGAAAAAUAAUCCAAAUAAGACAACGAAAUAUCCUCAAGAGCCAACGAACAUACCACCACGGAUCAACAGUCCGCUACAAUCUCGCUCGCUCUUUGAAGCUGUCACCAAUGCAGAUUUGCUCAACAGCACGCAAGCCUCUUUCCAAAAUCAAGAUGCCUCCCAAUUUAGCGCUCACGGUCACCUCCACGAUGUGACGAACGACUUGAUGAUGGACGGGGGCGCCAAUGAGCCAACGAAUAAAACGUAUAGCCAGAUGAUGGACAGAGCCCUGAGUUCUGCGGAUUAUCUUGAUCCGUUCAUGGCCUUCUUCGACCCCAGCAAAGGCUUUGACUUUUCUUCUGUGCCAAUAUCACCGAGUACUUCUCCAGAACAUCCGAGUCUUGAUAGUCUCCCAACCCAUCAAGCUAGUGGAUUAGGACCUUAUGCAAGGGUCGAUAUCUCACCAUCGACACACAGUAGCUCCCCGCGUCGUCGUGCCAGGACUCCGCUUACAUCAUCUUCAUCAGAGCAUAGCCCGAACCAGCACCAGAACCAGUCCUGCGACUGUUUCACUACGUGUGUGCAAAUCUUUCAAACCCUUCACCGUCAUUCGUGCUUGUUAUCAACAUCGCAACAGGAUGGCGGAACUUCUUUCGAUGUCGUCCUCAAUACUAACAAGAAGGCCAUUGAGAGCUGCAUGAUACUUGUGAGUUGCGCUCGAUGUGUGUCAGAGUGUAGCAAAAGCGUCGUCAUGAUGAUGCUUGCUACCAUUGUGGGGAAAGUGAUCAGUCUGUACCGGGAAGCGUGCUCCCUCAUGUUUGGCUCCUCCAACAGCAUGCAGAGCACGGCGCAACUCGCUUUCGGCUCUUACGAAUUCACCGGAGAAAACAGACAAUUACUUGAGAUAGAAAUUCUUCUUCUAGAUUUGAAAAGAGUUGCGGGCGUGUUAAUGGCUUAUUCUGAAAAGUUCUGCGUCGGCACUCCAGCUAAAGAUGAUGAAUUGAGUAUGUAUGAAAGCUUGAAGUCACAUUUAGAGGAAAACCUCCACAACGUCGUUCAAUACCUUACUACACAGAAGGACAGCGUGUCGAAAUGA